UUUCCUGAGCCAACAACAGUCGCCUCGGCUUUGACAGAUAACCUAAACCCACCUCAAACACGCACAUUGUACCAGGGUACCGCUACGACACCGGGCACAAUGCCUCUCGGAAGACACACGCUGCGUUGAUGUGGGUCGUUGUUUUUGUCAGUCAACGAUUGCCUCGGAUAACCCGGCUACUGGCGGCUAAAGCACACAAGCUAGCUCAUAAGCUACACCGCUAGCCAUCGAUCCAGCAUCGGCCAGCAGGUCUGAACGGGGGCUGACCGGAGACGCUCACUGACAAGUUGAACCUGCGUGACAGCUCACGCGCCUCUUAUUACGGACGACCGAGCCGAGAGAGAAGCGGGGGGGAUGGUGCAGCCCCAACCUGAUGGCCCAAUGCAGUGGGAGAUGUCAGGAGAAGAGAGUGGCGGGACCCUCAGGGUACCACCAGAGCUGGCAUCCAAUGAAGUGGUGAACAGGUUGCUGGGGGACAACCAGCAGCUUAGAGAUGCCUUGCGGCGGAGCAACAUAGCCUUACGUCAGCGCUGUGAGGAGAUGGAGGGAUGGCAGCAGAGGACAAGAGAUGAACGGGAGUUUCUCAGCUGUCGUUUCCAGGAGGCCAGGGCCCUGGUGGAGAGGCUGGCUCAGGAAAACCACUCCUUACAGAGCUUGGUGAACGGACCAGCCUCUAACCUCUCCUCCAACCACUGCUGCAGCCCCAGCCAGACUGAAGACCUGCAGGGGCGACCAGCCAGGAGCGGAACACUGGAGGGACCACAGACACUAGAUCAGCGGGAGAAGAGAAGAGUUGAAGAGACGGAUCAACACACACAGACCACACCGCCUCGCAGCCUGGGCGACGCGAGUGUGCGUAGCUUCUUGAGUAGCGCCCCCCCCUCUCCCUCCACCUCACUAUCAGAGGUAUGGGGGGAGAUAGUGGGCAGGGGAAAUGGCCAGCCUGUGGAAGGUGCAAAUGAGUUUCUCCAGCUGCUGAAAAGCCACAAAGAAAAGCUGGAGGAAGGGAUGAGGGAGCUGAGGAGGAAGAAUGAAGAGCUGGAGAGGGACAAGGACGAGGGAGAGAAGGAGAGAGAGCGAAUGAAGCGCUGCAUUGACCAGCUACGGGGAAAACUGGUCCAGGCACAGGCAAGCAGCGCUACCGAAGAGGUUAUUCAGCAUCGCUCUGAGGCACAGCACUCCUCUGACAGGUAUCGUGAGUUGGAGGAGAAGCUUGAUUACCUGCAGAAGAGCUCAGCUCAGCGGGACAGAACUGAAGCUCUGCUCAAACAGAAGGACAAGGACUGUUCCCAGCUGGCCAAGGACUGCGAGGCUCUGAAAGCUCAAGCAACCUCCCUACUAGGAGAGCUGAACGAGAGACAGAGCUGCCUGGAGAAAAGCGAGCAUGAGCGCAAAGUGUUGGAUGAAAAGCUGUGCAAUAAGAUGAAGGCCCUGCAGGUGGCAGAGCGGGAGCUGGAGCAGCAGAGGAAGCAGCAUCAUGUGGCCAUGGACAAGCUGCUGCUGCAGACCCAGAGCCUGGAGCAGGCCCUGAAGACAGAGAGACACGUCGUCACAGAGGAGAAGAAGAAACUGACCCAGUUGCAACAUGCAUACACCUGUCUUUUUAGAGACUAUGAUUCUAAACUGAAGAGUGAGGGAGGAGAUCUGUGCAGUCGACUAGAGGAGGCGGAGCGAGCGCUGGCCCUGAAGCAGGACCGGAUAGAUAAACUGAAGGAGGAGGUGGAGCAACAGAAGGGCUCCCUGGAGACUGUUCCGGUCCUCACUGCACAGGCUGAGAUCUACAAGGCAGAUUUCCUAGCAGAGCGAGAAGCCAGAGAGAAGCUGAACCAGAAGAAGGAGGAGCUGCAGGAUCAGCUGACUCAGGCCGUGGCUGAGAUUGACCGGCUCAAACAGGAAGCCACAUCACGUGCACGUAUGGAGCAGAUGAAGCUGAGACACCUGGAAGACUUCCCAACACGGGCCCCACACAUUCCCCCUCCACAAGCUUUCAACACGGUGCCCCCUGCCCCCUCGUUCAGAAAUCAGGGGUCGUUAGCAGUCGGGGAUCAAGGGGCAGCCGGAGCUGAGGAGCUGCCUGAUUUAUGUUGUCCUAAGUGCCACUACCAGGCUCCUGAUAUGGACACGCUGCAGAUACACGUCAUGGACUGUAUACAGUAGCAAGGGCAUAAUUCAGCAGGCCAUGGCACCAACACUCACAUACAUAUAUACACAGUAUAUUGACGUACCUUGUGUCUAUUCCCGGCUCUGGGCACAUCCUGGAAAAACAUGUUGGUAGUUGCACCUUACUCUCUCUGCCAUGUAAACACACACACACAAACCUGAAUACAUACUGAGGAUCUUACCAAUUUAAAAAUCAAAUGUGUUGGAUUCAAGACAAGCAACAAUCGGAUGACAAUAUGAACAAGUGAAAGAAAAGAAUGAUAAUCAGCAUGGUGUGUUCCCAGAGGUGCUCCGAGGAUUCAAAAUCUACUGUAGCUUUUCCAUUUCUGCAACCCAAUACUUUAUUUCUCCUGGCACCUGUUCUUUUACCCCCCAUCCCCAUGUCUCGCCUUUUAGAUGGCACACUGAUGCACGUGUCCAUCACAAUGUGUUUAUGAUCCCUGAUAUCAUACGGUCCCUCUUCUACUGAGGAGGUAAAUACAUACUGUGGAAUAAGUGUGUGUUGACUGCAUCAUCUGUGUAAUACGCAUAAUAAUCAUUGGGCAUAAGGUGAAAAACGUGACAGUUCAGAAGGUCACUUUCCCCUCUAAAGGAGAAAACACAUGACAAUGUGAAUAACCUAGUGAGCUUUAAAUAAUAUAGAAUAUUUAAAUAAGUUUUGUUCAUAAAUGUUGCUGUCUACAUUGCCUCAAAACAUGUAUUAUUAUGUAUUAGAGAUGGAUUUACUCUUAUUGAAAAAAAGUAGCCAUACUCUGUGUCCUGUGCCUGUGUAGACCACUGCUUUAUCUUUGAUGCUAGACCUGACCUUUAACCCAACAUAGCUCUGUUUGUGCCUCCUAUUCGGUCUUAUAUGUUCCUGUGGCACCCAGCUAUUUAUCCAUCCCAAGCCCAUGGAGUGUCUUUUCAACUUUUUGUGAAUAUUGUCAGUAAUUAGAGAUAAUUUGGUGCAAAGAAUAUUGUUUCAAACUUUUGAAGAUUCACGAAAUAAAUAAUAAUAAAUCAAUUGUUCAUU